AUGCAGGCUUUUAGAAACUGCAGCUUGUGCGCUGGUGGGAAUCUUCUCAAGGGACGGACCGACUUCCUGGUUGCCCGGAGAAACAUGGCGGCGCUGCGGCUGAGUGCUGCAGUUCAACUCCUUAAGGACAAAGCAAAUGUGCUCUGGAGCGGUUCCCUUCAGCAGCAGCAGCGUCUGCUGCGCCUGCCCCAGGUCUCGCGAUGCAGCGCGGUCGCUUUCAGUGUCGUCAGCGGACUCUGUGCUGUUCCCUUUACACAUCAGCAAGUGGAAAAUCUCUCACAUGAAUCGCUCAUACGCCGGGCUUCCUGUCUGGUCACAGACAGUGCCAACACGCACCUCUCUCAGACCACGUUGGCACUGGUGGAUGCGCUCACACAAUAUGCCAAAGCACUACAUACUCUCAUUGCCCUUCAGAAGCGAUACAUAGCCUCAAUAGGCAAACUCUCCCCCGCUGAAGAUGACAGCAUUUGGCAGGUGAUCAUUAGCCAGCGAGUGGAGGUUGGUGAUAGACUAGAGGAAUGUAACCGUUUUGAGUCAAACUGGAUAAAUGCAAUCAACAUCUGUGAAUUGUCAGCAGAGGCAGCGUACAAUUCAGGAGCGGAGCAUGCAUGUACAGCAACCAGGACUAACCUGCAGGUGGCACAGGUCAAAGUGGAGGAGGUUAGAGAGAUCUCAAAAGAAGCGGAGAAAAAAUUGGCAGAGACUAAAGCAGAAGAAAUCCAGAGAAUGGCUGAAUAUGCCUCCAGCAUUGACAUACACGAGCUGGAAGGCGUUCCAGAGGCCUACCUUCGCGAAGACUAGAUUGAUAUGAAAAGAGAGUCGCUCAUUGUGAAUUUAAGAUGCACCUUAUGAAAUGACAUCGAUUAUUGGUUAUGGAAUCCCUGCUUUAAAGACUGUUAAAUCAUUUAAUGAAUUGCCAUUUCUUUCAAAGCAAAGGUUUGUAAAUUGUGAGAGUCAUUACAAUGGUUUCCUUUAAUAAUGAUACACCGGUCUUAUAUAUUCUAGUGCAUUUCAUUACUCAUUUAGUGAAGAAUAAAUUGAAGGUGUUAAAAUAAUUGCUCAUGCGGCUUUUAAGAUGCAUUGAAAGAUACAUGGAGAAUGUAUGAAAAACAGCUAUAACGAUUGCAUGGAAAUCACAUUGAUUUGAUAUUUAUGUACAUGUAUAUAUUUUUUUCGUAUUUUAUGUUUGUUUAUUUUCUUUUGUGUACAUUUGUCAUUGUCAUGCUAAAAUAUAAACGAUUUUGUAUUCAAUCCUUAAAGGUAUUAAAUUGUAGUUGCAAUAAUGUUGCAAUAAGACCACAUACUUAAACAGAUGUUAUUUAUUACCCUCAUUGAUUUGAUGUCAAGGUUUUGAAAAUGUGUGAAAUGUAAUAAAUAGUUGUCU